AUGCCCUUCUCAGUGCCAAUGGUUUGGAGAGAACCUAAAGGCCAUGUUACAGACUGCUAUUUUAGCCUCACGAAUAUUAAAGGUAUUGGAUCGAAGUCUCAACAUACGAUUAAGUACUUUAAUUUACCAUCAGCUUUAAGACCUGUUAAACACAGUGAACAACUUCCUAUUCCAAAAGCAUCAGAACCUUGUAGUCUCGAUGCUAAACUUGAAUCGACUGGUUCUUUAAGUGAUGUUACAGAAACCGCAAAGGAAAUUACAACCCAUCCUUUAUUUGAUUUACCAGGAUGUUCAACAGCGCCGCAUCUAAUUUCACAGGGUGAACUUAAUGACUUAGUUUAAGAUCUAAGCCUAUCAAAAUCGCAGUUCGAACUUUUAGCAUUC